UCCAUUAUUACUAAAAAACUAGAACAUUAAUUCUUUAAUGCGAGAUAAUUUACUAAAAGGGGAAGGUCCAUAGGAUAGUUUUUUACAGUGCAAUAAAGUUACAUAGUGUCUAUUUUUUGUUGAUAUAAGAGGUAUUUUCAUGGGUUUGCCUUGGUAUCGUGUUCAUACCGUUGUAUUAAAUGAUCCCGGCCGUUUACUUUCUGUCCAUAUAAUGCAUACAGCUCUGGUUGCUGGUUGGGCCGGUUCGAUGGCUCUAUAUGAAUUAGCAGUUUUUGAUCCCUCUGACCCUGUUCUUGACCCAAUGUGGAGACAGGGUAUGUUCGUUAUACCCUUUAUGACUCGUUUAGGAAUAACCAAUUCGUGGGGUGGUUGGAAUAUCACAGGAGGGACUAUAACGAAUCCGGGUAUUUGGAGUUACGAAGGUGUGGCCGCGGCACAUAUUGUGUUUUCAGGCUUGUGCUUUUUGGCGGCUAUUUGGCAUUGGGUUUAUUGGGAUCUAGAAAUCUUUUGUGAUGAACGUACUGGAAAACCUUCUUUGGAUUUGCCAAAAAUAUUUGGAAUUCAUUUAUUUCUUGCAGGGGUCGCGUGUUUUGGUUUUGGCGCAUUUCAUGUAACAGGAUUGUUUGGUCCUGGAAUAUGGGUAUCCGAUCCUUAUGGACUAACUGGAAGGGUACAAUCUGUAAAUCCAGCAUGGGGUGUGGACGGUUUUGAUCCUUUUGUUCCGGGGGGAAUAGCCUCUCAUCAUAUUGCAGCAGGGACAUUGGGCAUAUUAGCGGGCCUUUUCCAUCUUAGUGUGCGUCCACCUCAACGUUUAUACAAAGGAUUGCGUAUGGGAAAUAUUGAAACCGUCCUUUCCAGUAGUAUCGCUGCUGUAUUUUUUGCAGCUUUUGUUGUUGCUGGAACUAUGUGGUAUGGUUCAGCAACUACUCCGAUUGAAUUAUUUGGUCCUACUCGUUAUCAAUGGGAUCAGGGAUACUUCCAGCAAGAAAUAUAUAGAAGAGUUGGUGCUGGGCUAGCCGAAAAUCAAAGUUUAUCAGAAGCUUGGUCUAAAAUUCCUGAAAAAUUAGCUUUUUAUGAUUACAUCGGCAAUAAUCCGGCAAAAGGGGGAUUGUUUAGAGCGGGCUCAAUGGACAAUGGAGAUGGAAUAGCCGUUGGUUGGUUAGGACAUCCUAUCUUUAGAGACAAAGAGGGGCGUGAACUUUUUGUACGUCGUAUGCCUACUUUUUUUGAAACAUUUCCGGUUGUUUUAGUCGACGGAGACGGAAUUGUUAGAGCGGAUGUUCCUUUUCGAAGGGCAGAAUCGAAGUAUAGUGUCGAACAAGUCGGUGUAACAGUUGAGUUCUUUGGUGGCGAACUCAAUGGAGUCAGUUAUAGUGAUCCUGCUACUGUGAAAAAAUAUGCUCGACGUGCUCAAUUGGGUGAAAUUUUUGAAUUAGAUCGUGCUACUUUAAAAUCGGACGGUGUUUUUCGUAGCAGUCCAAGGGGUUGGUUUACUUUUGGACAUGCUUCGUUUGCUCUUCUCUUCUUUUUCGGGCACAUUUGGCAUGGUGCUAGAACCUUGUUCAGAGAUGUUUUUGCUGGUAUUGAUCCAGAUUUGGAUGCUCAAGUAGAAUUUGGAGCAUUCCAAAAACUUGGAGAUCCAACUACAAAAAAACAGGCAGUCUGAUAGAAAUUGGUUUGUUCCUUUUCGAUUCGACUUUUUUGUUGUUAUUUGAAUUUUAUAUAGGGAACUAUAUAAAUCUCGUCCAGGAGAUAAUCCCCCAAAACAGGUAUGAAAGCUAUAAUUGUAAACCACGAUCAAAUCUAUGGAAGCAUUGGUUUAUACAUUCCUCUUAGUCUCGACUUUAGGAAUCAUUUUUUUCGCUAUCUUUUUUAGAGAACCCCCUAUAGUUCCAACUAAAAAGACGAAAUGAUUUUGAAUUACCUCAAUUGAAGUAAUGAGCCUCCAAUAUUACGAUAUUGGAGGCUCAUUAUUUCAACUAGUCCCCAUGUUCUUCGAAUGGAUCUCUUAGUUGUUGAGAGGGUUGCCCAAAAGCAGUAUAUAGGGCAUACCCGGUAAAACUGACAAUUAAACCAGAUAUAGAGAUGGCAAUUAGGGUUGCUGUUUCCAUGAUUAUAUAAUAUCAAGACUACAAUGGAUCUAUAGGGUAAUUUACAGCGUAAUGGUAUACAAAGUCAACAGAUCUCAAUGAAAAAAAAAAAAAAUAGGAUUUAUGGCUACACAAACCGUUGAGGAUAGUUCUAGAUCUGGUCCAAGACGAACUGUUGUAGGAGAUUUAUUGAAACCGUUGAAUUCAGAAUAUGGUAAAGUAGCUCCGGGAUGGGGAACUACCCCUUUGAUGGGUAUUGCAAUGGCUCUAUUUGCGGUAUUUCUCUCUAUUAUUUUAGAGAUUUAUAAUUCGUCCAUUUUACUGGACCAAAUUUCGAAUUAGAGAAUUAGAUUCACAAGAACCAACUAACUAGUUUUUCAAUAGAAAGUAAAGUUUAGCUUAGCAUUUAGGUCGUUGAUUUUUAGACCAUUCCAUUUUUAUUUGGUAGUUCGACCGCGAAACUUCUUUGUUUCUGUAUUUCCGGAAUAUGAGUGUGUGACUUGUUACAAUUGAUCCUAUUGAUAGUACAGAACAUAAAAAGGAUACGUCAUCUUUCUUAUCUUGAUAGAGAUGGCUUUACCCCGUCAGAUAUUUAUUCUAAUAUCUGGAGCACGGAAUAUAGAAAAGAAAUAGAUUCUAAAGUAUUAGAACUAUGAUUCAUACUUAAUAUUUAUAUUUAGACCUCGCAACCGGACGAAAAAAAAUUAAAGAGUUAGAAUAAUCAAUUUCAAAAAAAAAAAAUUAAAUAAGUGAUGAUCCAGCAGUUCUUACUCAGGGAAUUUUUGGACUUGGAUUAAAGGUUUUUUUGGAAAUCAUCGUGGUUCUGGUAUGAAUCUGAGGUUUUUGAAUUGAUUCUAUAGGGUCUUAACAAGAAAAUUCCUAUCAAUAAUAAUAAAAAAAAAACAGUAAAAUCGUAUUAAAUACAGACAAAAAAAAUGAGGUGAAUAAUAGAAUAUUCAAGAGGCCGGUAAGGAUCAAGAGAAAAGACGAGUGAGCCGACUUGAAAUUUUGGCAUUAUAAACAAACACAAAGAAUACCUUUUGGAUUUCCAUUUUUUUUAUCUUCAAAAAAGAUUGGAAUCAUAGGAUUAAGUUAAGAAGUUUAAAACUUUCUAUUCCACAUAUCUGUUUUCCAAAUAACUGGUAUUUUUGUUUGAGCCGUACGAGAUGAAAUUCUCAUAUACGGUUCUCAGGGGGGUCCUUUGGUUUACCUAUCUCAAUAAAGUCUAUGAUUGGUUCGAAGAACGUCUUGAGAUUCAGGCGAUUGCCGAUGAUAUAACUAGUAAAUAUGUUCCUCCUCAUGUCAAUAUAUUUUAUUGUUUAGGAGGAAUUACACUUACUUGUUUUUUAGUCCAAGUAGCGACGGGUUUUGCUAUGACUUUUUAUUAUCGUCCGACCGUUACGGAAGCUUUUGCUUCUGUUCAAUAUAUAAUGACUGAGGCUAACUUUGGUUGGUUAAUCCGAUCAGUUCAUCGAUGGUCGGCAAGUAUGAUGGUCUUAAUGAUGAUCUUGCACGUAUUUCGCGUGUAUCUCACCGGUGGUUUUAAAAAACCUCGCGAACUGACUUGGGUUACGGGUGUAGUUUUGGGUGUAUUGACUGCAUCCUUUGGUGUAACCGGUUAUUCCUUACCUUGGGACCAAAUUGGUUAUUGGGCAGUAAAAAUUGUAACAGGUGUACCCGACGCUAUUCCUGUAAUAGGAUCGUCGGUGGUAGAGUUAUUGCGCGGAAGCGCUAGUGUGGGACAAUCUACCUUGACUCGUUUUUAUAGUUUACAUACUUUUGUAUUACCUCUUCUUACUGCCGUAUUCAUGUUAAUGCACUUUCCAAUGAUACGUAAGCAAGGCAUUUCCGGUCCUUUAUAGAAUAAAAAAAAAA